AUUGGGCAUUCGGCGGCGCUACGCUUCCAUUCUCACACAGCCUCUCUUCUCCGUUUCCCCUCGAAGCAAGAUCUUGAAUGCAGCAGCACGCGUUUGCCUCAUAGGAGAGCCUAACCUCGAAGGGAACUCCCCGUACCGUAUGAGUGGAGCGCACUUAGUCCUGAAACACUCUCCUCAUGUACGAGUAGCAGCACUUCCCCAUAUUCAAAUCAGUUUCAGUCACACAGCCGCCAAGGGAACAUGGCAUCGGCAGUACCUGACGUCACUCCCGAUACAAUCCUCGAGCCGCUCUUAAAACCCGGAGAGUUACCCCUCGGGAUCGCCCUAACAACAGCCAGCUUCCUAAUCACGCUCGUAUUGUUAGUAUAUUUCAAGCUAUGCUACUAUCCGGGCGGCUACAAACGGAGACAGGUCAUGGACAUGGGCGAGUACGCGUUAUUAGCAGGCGCGAGAAGGUUCAGGGAGGACCGGGAGAGGAAACGGAGGGAGAUGCUGGGAGAGCAAAAAGACGAACUGUACAUCGAAGCGCCGCCCGAUAGAGGCGGCGGCGGCGUGGGAAUAGGGGCGCACCGGAUGGGACUGUCGUAUGGCCCUCCAAGCUACUUCCCAUCCGACCCUGCGGCGGUGCUAGCUUCGGCAGGCAUUCCGGACCACAUCGGGAGCAUCGGUCGCCAGGGCACGGGGUCGAGCCUAACCGAGUCGAGUCGCGAAGACAGCGAGUCGCAGUACUCCGAAUCCACCGCUCAGUCGCACACAGAUUCGCACACGGACUCGCGAUCGUCGCCACUAUCGUCGAGCUACACUCCGGACAGUGUACAGCGUUCAGAUCAGACCCCACUUUCGGCGGCCACCCCUUAUAGCGCGUACACGCAGUCGUACACGAUACAGUCUGGAGCUGGGUACUCGACGUACACUCCAUCUGCUUACAGUGGAUCCGGAUACACUCCUUACUCUGCUUAUACACCAUCUGGCUACACUACACAAUCUGGGUACACUCCAUCCGCUUAUACACCGGGGCCUCAAUCUACAGUCUACACCCAAUCAGCAGCGUACACUCCAUCUGCCUACACCCCAACUGCGUACACUCCUGGCUACACCCCAUCCUCGGCAUACACUCCAGCAGCUUAUAGCGGAUCCAUCUAUGCUUCACCCGGCUACACCCCUCAAACGAUCGAUACGACGACAACAUUUGACUCACAGACUACAGCAGAAGCAGAUGCACCUUAUUCCGAGGGGACUUUAACGAGGGAAUCAACUGAAGCUGACAGGGACUCCAUUACAGGCACAAGCGCAGAGGCGGGAACAGAAGCAGAAACAAUUCCUUCUACAGUACCAAGUGUCUAUACUACAAGCACAAUUCCCGCCUUCCCCCACUCUGCAUCUGUAACCAGUUCAGUGGUUACCAGUUCCGAAGCAGAGACAGGCUCGUCAUUCUACACUGAGUUUGCACCUGGUGCUGCCACAGCCGCCUAUGCUGCGGCAUAUGCCGCCCGUGCCGCCGCCCAAGCUGCCGCCCAGACCGCCGCACAAGCCACUGCCGCCCAGGGUACUGCUCAAACUGUAGGAGGAGGAAGGGGGGGGGCACGAGGAGGACGAGGAGGGGGAGGAGGGGGUAUGCCAGAAGGCGCACACUACACAGCUGCUAGCUUCUCCUUUCCCCAGUCGGAUUCUGUUACAGAAUCCGAAGCAGCGGUUACAGAAUCGGAGGUCUCAGGUUCGGUCGUUGUGCAAUCUGGUGCACCAAGGCACAGUCCUGUACCCCAUAUAAGCAGCCCCUUCCAGACCACGGUGAGCUCCUCGUACCCCUCUCAACCUGUUACUGGUAGCCCGAUGCACACUGUGAGCAUGGGUUCCCCAGCGCAUCCCAUGGGUAGUCCCAUGUACCCCAUAGGCACCCCUGGAUACCAUAUGGCAAUGAGCGGUUUUGGAGGGGCUGCUGAUGGUGGUGCGGGCAGCAGCGGUGGCUCUGAUGGUGUUGGUGAUGGCAGCAGUGCCCCGAUUAUGUCAGCUGCCAAGUCUGGGUACAUGCAAAUGCCAUAUGCCUUAGGUGCAGAGGACAUGGGUAUGGCAUAUACAUCACCAGAGGAGUUCGGCUACGCAUUGCCGCAUUCGUACACUCAGUACGAUUCAGGCAGUGUAAUGGCUCCAGGUGUAUUAUCACGCGUUGGGGGCCAGGAUGCAGCGACAGGUUUGCAUGGACCUGGAAGUGGGGAUAGUGCGGCUGAAGGCUCUAGUCAAGUAGAUCUAUCAGAGUCCCAAUACUCGGUGCAAGAUAAUUACGAUGAUUAGUGCCCCAUUUUCUGGUCGAAAGGGGGCCUUUGUUUUAUAUAAAUAAUUGGACGAAUG